AUGUUUCGAAUCCAAGUCAUCUCGCGCGAAGGGGAUUGCCUUCCACCCCAAGCGGUCAGCUCCCUGAGAACCCCACCUUGGCACGACCGUACUGACGAAGCAAGCUGCAGACCAUGGAUCCUCGUUUCCCUACACUCCUCGACCAUCCAGCUCUGGGAUUACCGCAUGGGAACCCUUAUUGACCGCUUCGAAGAGCACGAUGGCCCUGUCCGCGGUGUCGACUUCCACAAGACCCAACCCCUCUUCGUGUCGGGCGGCGACGACUACAAGAUCAAGGUCUGGUCCUAUCAGACGAGGAGGUGCCUCUUCACCCUGAACGGGCAUCUGGAUUAUGUUCGGACCGUCUUCUUCCAUCAUGAGCUGCCCUGGAUUGUCUCGGCAUCCGACGACCAGACCAUCCGUAUCUGGAACUGGCAGAAUCGCUCACUGAUCUGCACGAUGACCGGCCAUAACCAUUACGCGAUGUGCGCCCAAUUCCACCCCAAGGACGAUCUCGUCGUCUCUGCCUCCCUCGACCAGUCGGUCCGCGUUUGGGAUAUCUCGGGCCUGCGAAAGAAGCACUCUGCGCCGACCUCGAUGUCUUUCGAAGAUCAGAUGGCUAGGGCGAAUGCGAACCAGACCGAUAUGUUCGGCAAUACCGAUGCCGUGGUGAAGUUUGUCCUCGAGGGCCACGACCGGGGUGUCAACUGGGUUGCGUUCCAUCCUACCAUGCCCCUCAUUGUCUCGGCCGGCGACGACCGUUUGGUCAAGCUCUGGCGCAUGAGCGAGACCAAGGCUUGGGAGGUAGACACCUGCCGAGGACACUUCCAGAAUGCUUCAGGCUGCCUCUUCCAUCCCCACCAGGACCUGAUUCUCUCCGUCGGCGAGGACAAGACCAUUCGCGUCUGGGAUCUUAACAAGAGAACUGCUGUCCAGUCUUUUAAGAGGGAAAACGACCGGUUCUGGGUCAUCGCUGCCCACCCCGAGAUCAACUUGUUCGCUGCUGGCCACGACAAUGGAGUUAUGGUCUUCAAGCUGGAGCGGGAGCGCCCUGCCUCGGCUGUCCACCAGAACACGCUUUUCUACAUCACCAAGGAGAAGCACGUCAAGUCGUAUGACUUCCAGAAGAACAUCGAGUCCCCGACGUUGCUGUCCCUUAAGAAGGUCGGGCCCGCCUGGGUUCCUCCUCGCACGCUAUCAUACAACCCUGCUGAGCGAUCCGUCCUUGUGACCUCGACUGCUGACGGAGGAUCUUAUGAACUCAUCAACCUGCCGCGCGAGGGCUCCGGCGCCAUCGAGCCCACCGAGUCCAAGCGAGGACAGGGCAACUCGGCCAUCUUUGUUGCUCGCAACCGUUUUGCCGUCCUCAACACCUCGUCUCAGACUGUUGACAUCAAGGACCUCUCUAAUAACACGACCCGCUCCUUUAAGCCCCCGCAUGGCACCAGCGAUAUCUACUUUGGUGGACCUGGAAACCUGCUCAUCAUCACGCCUACGGCGGUUCAUCUGUACGACAUUCAGCAGAGGAAAACCAUGGCAGAGCUUGCCGUCAACGGUGUCAAGUACGUUGUUUGGUCGAACGACGGUCUCUACGCUGCUCUUCUGAGCAAGCACAAUGUUACCAUUGUCACCAAGACUCUGGAGCAGGUCAGCACCCUGCACGAGACUAUCAGGAUCAAGAGCGCCACCUGGGACGACGCCGGUGUCCUGCUCUACUCGACCCUCAACCACGUCAAGUACACCCUUCUGAACGGUGACAAUGGUAUCGUCCGCACUCUUGACCAGACUGUCUACUUGGUCCGUGUCAAAGGCCGCAAUGUGUACUGCCUGGACCGCAAUGCCAAACCCAGGAUCCUGCACAUUGACCCGACCGAGUACCGUUUCAAGCUUGCGCUUGUCAAGCGCAACUACGAGGAGAUGCUUAACAUCAUUCAGAACUCCUCGCUGGUCGGCCAGUCGAUCAUUUCUUACCUUCAGAAGAAAGGCUACCCCGAGAUUGCUCUGCAGUUCGUCCAGGACCCCACCACUCGUUUCGAGCUUGCCAUAGAGUGCGGUAACCUCGAGGUCGCUGUGGAGAUGGCCAAGCAGCUUGACCGCCCCAAGCUCUGGACUCGCCUGAGUACAGAAGCGCUUGCUCACGGAAACCACCAGGUUGUUGAGAUGUGCUACCAAAAGCUGAAGCAGUUCGACAAACUGUCGUUCCUGUAUCUUGCCACAGGCGACCAAGCCAAGCUCGCCAGGAUGGCCAAGAUUGCCGAACACCGCGGCGACUUCACUGCUCGGUUCCAAAAUGCUCUGUAUCUUGGCGACGUCGAGGACAGGAUACAAAUGUUCAAGGAGAUUGACCUCUAUCCUCUUGCAUACAUGACGGCCAAGUCGCAUGGCCUGGAGGAUGAAUGCCAGUCUAUCCUGGAGGCCACCGGCCUCACCGAGGACCAAUUGACCACACCAACCAUGGGCGAGCCGCUGACGCCGCCCAAGGCUGUUGUUCCCACCUUCAAGGCCAACUGGCCCACGCGGGCUACCUCUGUCUCUGUCUUUGAGAAGGCUCUGCUUGGCCAGGUUGAGGGUCUGUCGCUUGAGGAUCAACCUGCUGCCGCUGCAAAUGGCUUCGGUCUGGAUGAGGACGAUGAGGACGCCGCAGCCAAGAACGGCGCUCUUCCUGAUGCCGACGAGGAGGAGGAUGCUGCAGGAUGGGAUAUGGGCGAGGACAUCGUUCCCGAGGCUGAUAGCGACUUUGUCAAUGUGGAGACUACCGACGCUGGUGGUGCUGGAAGCAGUGAGGCUGAUCUGUGGGCACGAAACUCGCCUCUGGCUGUCGACCAUGUUGCGGGUGGCUCGUUCGAGACUGCGAUGCAACUGCUCAACCGCCAGGUUGGAGCCGUCAACUUCGCACCCCUCAAACCCCGCUUCCUCGAGGUCUACCAGGCGUCAAAGACCUUUUUGCCAGCAUCUGUUGGCCUGCCGCCCCUCGUCAACUAUGUUCGCAGGACAGUGGACGAGACGGAUCCCCGCAAGGUUCUGCCCAUCAUUCCUCGCGACUUGGAGUCCCUGGCGGCCACGGAUCUGCAGCGUGGUUACGAUUGCAUGAAGGGCAACAAGCUUGAAGAUGGUCUCAAGAUCUUCAAGUCUAUCCUCCACGCUGUCCUCAUCAACGCCGUCUCUAACGAGAGCGAGGUUGCCGAGGCCAAGAAGCUCAUCACUUCCGCCAGCGAAUAUGCCGUGGCCAUGGAGAUCGAGCUUGCCAGGAGAAAGCUGGGCACCAACGAUGUGGUGGCCAAGAACCCCGAGCUCCUCAAGCGCAGCUUGGAGCUCUCGGCUUACUUUACCAUUCCCAAGAUCGAGGUGCCCCAUCGCCAGCUGGCUCUUCUCAACGCCAUGAACCUGGCCAUGCGGAGCAAGAACUACAACUCGGCGUUGAGCUUCGCCAACCGGAUCAUUGCCAAUGGAGGAUCGAGCAAGAUCUUGGAGACUGCCAAGAAGAACAAGGCUCAGUGCGAGCGCAACCCCAACGACGCCAUCGAGAUCGAGUUUGACCAGUUUGCCGAGUUUGAGGUCUGCGCGGCCAGCCACAGCCCCAUCUACAGCGGCACGUCGUACGAGGAGUGCGCCUUUGACGGCUCCAAGUACCACACCAAGUACAAGGGCCAGACCUGCCGGGUCUGCGAGGUGUGCGAGAUUGGCAAGCACGGCAGCGGCCUGAAGCUGUUUGCCUGA